CUCCAAACUUGCCAUGCUGUGGGCUGUGGACCAGGCCUGAGUGCCUGAGUGCCUGAGUGCGAAGUGAAGUGGAAUACAAUACCUACAUGCAUGGAUCCAUAGUGAAAAGCUUCAGAGGCGAGCUAGCUGAAUCCACCCGUUGACUGAAAUCAGACCAAAAAAGAACGAAGAAGAGGAAGAAAAAGGAAGAAAAAGAGCUCGGGAGUUUCGACAGAAGCCGAAGCUGUUCUCAUCCUGUUCGAUGGCACCUUCAAAAUUUUAGUUCACUUGUCCAUGAACUGCAGAAUGAGCUGCUUGGCAACAUGGGCCAGGGCUCCCUUCCGCAAUCCGCUCAUGUUCAGGAGAUGGCCGAGUCCUGCACCGUGGAAACAUGUCCCAGCUGGCCUAAGGGGUCUGACUACACCGGCUGGGCAACAACACGAUGCUGCCAUUAGCAAGAUUAGGAAUAUUGGCAUCAUUGCUCACGUCGAUGCGGGGAAAACAACAACCACAGAAGCCAUGCUGUAUAAUAGUGGUGCCACCAGGCAUCUCGGAAAUGUGGACCACGGAGACACUGUCACCGAUUUCCUCCCCAUGGAGAUGCAGAGAGGCAUCACAAUCCAGUCCGCUGCAAUCACUUUUAGAUGGCCAACUCCGGAACGGGUCAAGCCAGAUGGCCCUGAGCACAUCGUUAACUUGAUUGAUACGCCUGGUCAUCAAGACUUUAGGUUCGAGGUUGAACGAUGCAUUCCUGUCCUUGAUGGCGCCGUGUGUGUCAUCGAUGGUGUUGAAGGAGUUGAGGCACAUACUGAACGUGUAUGGUCUUCAGCUCAGGAGUUCAAGGUCCCGCGAAUAGUCCUGGUCAACAAGCUGGAUCGGGAUGGCGCUUCUUUCAAGAAGUCGGUCCAGGACAUCGGCGUAAAGCUUGGUGGUAUGCCUAUAGUCUGCCAAAUCCCUUGGUGGGAGAACGAUACGAUUAAAGGAGUCGUGGACGUCAUCACGCGCUCCGUAGUCAGCUGGGGAGGUGGUGGUAAGGAUGACCCUGAUGAACUCGCCAAGAGGAUACCUCCUUUCCAGGACGAGAUUGACCGUGCUCGAGAGAACCUAAUCGAAAAGCUCUGCGAGUACGACGAUGAUCUGUUGGAACUUUGGACAGAACAAGGCAAAGACUUACCCGCAGACGCGAUAAGGAAGGCCAUUCGGCGUGUCAUUAGAGAUGGCGAGGCAAAACUGAUUCCUGUCUUCGCCGGGGCUAGCUUGAAAAAUAUUGGUGUCUCUCCCCUUUUGGACUCUGUCAAUUAUUACUUGCCAAGUCCACAGGACCGCCCAGGCCUGGAUGUACGGGUAGGCGCUUCCAUCAUGCCUCUAGCACAGAUUAUCAGCGACUCCAAAAGUUCGAAGAUACCCCCCAAGCAGCGGACUCCGAUUGAGGCAGUUGCAUCCGUCUUCAAGGUCGUCAAUGAUCCCAGGCGCGGGAUGCUAGUCUUCGCGCGAGUCUAUCAUGGCGAGAUUCGUAGAAAUAUUCCCAUGUGGAAUUCCAAUCUCCAGGAUUUUGAGCGACCGCUCAGCAUCUCGCAGAUUUCAGCGAAGAAUCAUAUUGAUAUACCGACUCUAUCAUCUGGUCAAAUUGGUGCCUUCACAGGUCUGAAGAGGGCACGCACUGGCGACACGUUAUUAGUAUACGGUGGCAACAAGGUUCCGAUGGGUAAUUUCGCCCAUGUCAAGAUUCGGCCACCAGAUAUCCCGCCUGCGGUGGCGUUCCUUGUUCUAGAGCCAUUAACACUAUCUGCGACAAAGGCCCUGGAGACUGCCCUGGACAACCUCUCGCGAGAGGACCCGAGCAUUCGAUGGUCUCUCAACGACAAGGCGGAGCAAUAUACCGUAUCAGGCAUGGGAAAGCUUCACCUUGAGGUAGCGAGGGAUCGUCUCGAAAACCACUACAAACUCGAGGCCCACUGGGGUGGCAUUGAAGUCGAAUACAAAGAAUGUGUGACGAUGUCUACAGGCACACAUAGAGCUAUCUUUGAUAGAGUGAUCGCAGGCAGAACCGGCAAGGCAGCUUGCAGUGUUGAGAUUGAGCCCCUGGAUCCUAGCGAAAUUGAAGAUCUCGCUAAGAUGUACACAGAAAGAGAUGGAAACAUUAUCAAGGUCAAUUUCUCCGACGAAAUGCCAGUGGACCCUGAAGAGGUCAGGCCGCACUUGGUCAAUGGUGCUAUAGCGGCCUUGGCCAGAGGCCCUAGAAGGAGCUCGCCGUUGAAUCAGUGUCUGGUGACCAUUACCUUUGAUGCUGCGACUGACUAUUUUGGCCAAACUUCGCCAGGACAUUUCGUCAGCGCGGCCAACCAGGCUAUGAGAACAGCACUCAAAGAGGCUCACAAGAAUGGCAUCGUAGGCAUUCUAGAACCUGUUAUGAAGGUCUCGAUCGCACUGCCAGAAACUGCCGCUGGUGCCAUUCAACAUGACUUGCACUCCGCUCGUGGAGGCCAAGUUCUCGAAGUAAGAGAUCUUCAAGACACUGUUGCUCGUGACGGCGGUCAAAUCGAGGCAUCAGACAUCUAUGCCCCGCCCGAUCCAUACGAGUUCACGACGACGCUACGGGAAACGCGAAAGGGCAGUCUGCGUAUGCUUGAGAUCAUUGCCCAAGUCCCUUUAGCAGAGAUGCUGGAUUACGACAGUCACUUACGCAGCAAGACUGCUGGGCGACAUUCGAUGACUAUGCACUUGGACACUUUUGUGAAAGUCACCGGGUCGAGGGAAAAGUCCCUAUAGACAAAUCUGGAGAAUGGACUCCGUGUGUAGAGAAGCAUGGAUUCCCGAUUCCUCUGUAGCAUCAUGCCUGUAUUAUUAGCCAUGUAAUUUAGACAGACUUUGUACAACCACUGUUAGAUGUAGAGUAUGCGUAGAGCUUUUACGCCCCAUUGAGUUGGUAAUGGUGCAAGGAUCCGGCAGCCACAUUUGGUACUCCUUCACGAGGGCGCCUUAGAACUUUCGAUAUGGCGCCGAUACGUUGCUUUUUCUUUUCAAAGCUCCAUAGUGUACAUCAGUAUAUUUCCUCACCACAGCAAUCUAGAAUUGACAACGC